CUCAGCACAGAGGGAGGAAGGACAGCAGAGCUGAGGCAUCAGGAGCCACAGCCCUUGUGAGCAUUUCUGGAGCCCAAGCUCUCCUCACAGAGGGAGGGACAGAGCAGGCAGCAGACACCAUGGAGCCCCCCUCAGCCCCUGCCCACAGAGGGCACGGCCACUGGCAGAGGCUCCUGCUGGCCGUCUCGCUCUUAACCUUCUGGAACCCGCCCACCACUGUUCAACUCACUAUUGAAUCGGUGCCGAGCAAAGCUGCUGAAGGAAAGGAUGUUAUUCUACUUGUCCACAAUCUGCCUGGGAGGCUUGUCGGUUUUGGCUGGUACAAAGGGGACAGAGUAGAUUCCAGUCAACAAAUUGCAACCUAUGUGAUAGGCAGACAAGUAAUUAUCCCAGGGCCUGUAUACAGUGGUCGAGAGACAAUAUACCCCAACGGAUCCCUGCUGUUCCAGAAUGUCACCCAGAAGGACACAGGAUACUACACCCUACGAGUCAUAAAGACAACUUUGCUAACUGAAGUAGGAAUGGGACAGCUCCGCGUAUACCACUCAGUGGCACAGCCCUCCAUCCAAGCCAGCAACACCAUAGUCACAGAAUAUAAGGACGCUGUGGUCCUGACCUGCCUCACACGUGACGCUGGCAUCUCCAUCCAGUGGUUCUUCAAUAACCAGAGUCUCUGGCUCACAGAGCGGAUGAAGCUGUCCCAGGACAACAGCACCCUCACCAUAGACCCUGUCAGGAGGGAGGAUGCCGGGGAUUAUCAGUGUGAGGUCUCCAACCCAGUCAGUUCCAGCAAAAGUGACCUCAUCACCCUGGCCGUGAGCUGUGAGUGACCCUCAACCUCUCCCACUUCCUCUCUCAUAUAUUUCACUGGUGGGGGUGU